GGUGUAUCUCUUCCUUACUAUCGUGUUGCGUCGUUUCCGGCCGCUACUGCCGAAGCUUUCCUGAGCGGAGUGAAGAAACAACAGCCGCCAUUUUGUUUGUGUGUGAGGGACGGAGCCCUGACUUGAAUUGGAUACGGACGACAAGGUUUCAGAACCCUCGAGGAGGCUGAAUGAUAACGGACAUGUUUCCUUGUCAUCUGCUGAGGGCCCCUAAUCUAUAGUUACGAGCUCCUCCCUGUUUUCAUCCCACGGCGACCCGGGAUACCGCUACCCAUUAGAUCCCCAGAGAGUCGCGGCGGCGACUCCGGCUUCAGGCAGUUAGCACUGGUCUUCGCAGACUUCUCAGCUAGCCGUUGCCUGCGAGCCUGAUCCGAAUCGGCGUGAUCCGAGAAUAUCUGGCAGAGAGCGGGAGAGGCCGCGGAGGAGGCAGGAGAGCCGAUAAUUGAAGGGCCCUGUUGAAGCUUCGCUAGUUCUCCCGAGACUCGCGUCAGUAGCAGCUAUGUGAUCUCCAGGGCAGUGCUGGGAGUCAAUUCACGGGCUGAUCUGUUUGUGCAACGAUGCCGCCCUCUGACGGGGGGAGAGACCCGGGUCUGCGUCUGUAAGUGGCCGUAAGGCAGUGGGAGUCCCGUCUUCCCCUCCCCCAUAGCCCCCGUCCCCUUUGUAGCACACGGCGGUGGGGUCUGAGCACGGGGCUCUGGAGCAGUGCUUGGGGGCCUUUGUGUAGGAUGACGGCUGAGGAGAGGCCCAGGGACCGGGCUGCAGUCAGCAUUAGGAGCAGCCAGUGUGGGCAUGGGGUGUCUGAGCUCUUGAGGGCCCGUUACCUCUCCGGUGUGUGACGAGCUGUUACCGCUCCGUUACCGGACUCUUCGUGUGCACGGUCCGUGUGUUUGUUUUAGUGACUCGUGGUGAACAGACGCCUCGCUGAGCUUUGGACCACGACAAAAAAGCAUCAACCUGCAGCCAUGGCCGAAAAUCUGGUUGAUCCAGGGCCACCUUCAGCCAAGAAACCCAAGAUCUCCUCUCCUGCCCUGUCUUCCAGCGAUGGUCCAGAUUUUGGGUCCUUAUUUGACCUGGAGCAAGAUCUGCCUGAUGAGUUAAUUAGUUCCAAUGAAUUUGGUGCAAGCAACGGUGGAGAUAUUGGUCAGCUGCACACCAGCAUGGGCAUGAUACCUGAUGCGGCUGCCAAACACAAGCAGCUUUCAGAACUUUUACGAGGUGGUAGUACAAACAUGAGUAUGGGCCUUGGUCAGCAAACACAAGCCAGCCCAGGUAUUGGACUUCUAAACAACAUGGUGAAAAGUUCAAUGUCUCAAGCUGGAUUGACGCCCUUAAGUUUGAGCAUGGGAGGUAAUGGAAGCAAUCCAGGACAACCAACUCAAAGUCUAAACCCCUCCUCAGCAGCUGGAAUGAUGCCUGCUCUAAACAAUCCAAUGAACCAGCCUAGAAUUGGUAUGAAUACUGGUAUGAUGCAAGCUGGAAAUGGACAAAACAUGAUGCAGGGCCAAAUGAUGAACGGGUCACUUGGUACAGGAAGGGUUCGACCUGGGAUGCCAUACCCAAACCAAGGUAUUGGCAGUUCCAGCAACCUUUUAGCAGAGACUCUUCAGCAAGGUGGGCCACCAAUGGUAGGGCAGCCAGGAAUGAGAAGCUCACAGCCAACCACUAUGAACAAGCUUGGGAUAAUGAACAACCCUAACCCCUACGGGACAUCAUAUGGUCAGAAUACUGGUCCCCAGCUGGGAACUACAGCGCUUGGCUCCCAAAUGCAGAACAAAUCAGCUAUUCAGAACAGUCUGACGCAAUUUUCAAUGGACAAAAAGUCUGGACCUGGCUUGCCAAAUAUGGGUCAACAGCAAUCUGCUCAAGUACCACAAGCCAACCUUGUUCAAGCAUCCCCUCAAGGUAUGGGCACUGGUGCACCACAGGGUAUUGGCUCAGGAGCCCCAACAGCGGAUCCUGAGAAGCGAAAGCUGAUACAGCAACAGCUGGUUCUUCUAUUGCAUGCCCACAAGUGCCAGAGAAGAGAACAAGCCAAUGGUGAGGUGCGACAAUGCAAUUUGCCUCAUUGCCGCACCAUGAAGAAUGUCCUGAAUCACAUGACCCAUUGCCAGGCUGGAAAAUCAUGCCAAGUUGCACAUUGUGCCUCUUCACGACAGAUAAUUUCUCACUGGAAGAACUGUACGAGGCAUGACUGCCCAGUUUGUCUGCCUCUGAAGAAUGCAGGAGACAAACGCAACCAACAAUCUUUACUUGGUAGUCCGCCAGUGUCACUGGGCACUGCUGGCACAGUGGGAACAGCUGGUAAUGUGGGCCAGCCUCCUUCCUCAUCAAUUAAUUCUGCAAACCAAAUUGAUCCAAGCUCCAUAGAGCGGGCAUAUGCAGCCCUGGGGUUACCAUAUCAAAGCAACCAACUGCAAACACCAUCCCAGACGCAAGUAAAGACUCCGCAAUCUGGACAGUCUCCUCAAGGAAUUCGUUCUUUGAACCCAAUGAAUGCAAGCCCAGUGAAUGGUGGUGUUGGUGUCCAGAGUGCUGGUCUCCUUUCGGACUCAAUGCUUCAUCAAGGGAUGAAUACACACAGUGUAAUGAUGGGUGAUGGUGGCAAUGUUUCCAAUUUGGGAUCUAUGCCUACAGCAGCUCCUCCAUCUAGCACUGCAGUACGAAAACCCUGGCAUGAGGAUAUAACACAAGACUUAAGGAAUCACCUAGUUCACAAACUAGUUCAAGCCAUAUUCCCAACUCCUGACCCCGCAGCAUUAAAGGAUAGACGGAUGGAGAACUUGAUAGCUUAUGCUCGUAAAGUGGAAGGCGAUAUGUAUGAAUCUGCAAACAGUAGGGCUGAGUACUACCAUUUGUUAGCUGAGAAAAUCUACAAGAUCCAGAAAGAACUUGAAGAAAAACGACGCAUUAGGAUAGAGAAGCAGCAUCUAGUGCCCAAUACACCUGGCAUGCCACCUGUAGCAAUGAAUCAAAGUCCAAGUAUGCCCUCGGCACAACCAGUCAUGUCAACAAAUGGCCCUGUACAAGACUCCAGUAUGAUGCGUGCUAAUGUUCAAAGUCAAAUUGUGAAUCCCAUGCCAAGCCAAACAGUUAUGAACCAGUUUGGUCAGGUGGGCAUGCCUAUGCAGUCGUUGGUACCAAGACAACAGGCACCGCUAACCCAACAUCAAGGACCAUCUGCACCCAUGAAUCAGUUGACUUUUCCUUCCCGUAUGCCACAACCAGCAUCGAUGUCUCAGUCUGUGCAGAAUCCGUUCAUGUCAGCAAGUUCGUUUCAGGCAUCAUCUCCUGUGAUGACUAGUGGGGCAAUGAAUGCAAGUAAUCUAAAUUCUUCUAGUUUAUCUGUACCACCGUCAACUGGACAGAGCCCAUCUGCACAGGCCCAGAUGCCAAAUCCUGUGAGCUCUCCUGCCAUACCCCCUCCAGCGUCAUCUGUGAAUCAACUCCAUUGCUCAAGUAAUAUUCAGCCCCCAGUUCAUUGUAAUUCUCCAUCUCCUGCUCCAAGCCGCACACCAACACCUCAUCACACACCCCCCGGUCUGGGAUCGCAACAGGCAUCAAUACCAUCUGAGCCUAUGUCGUCAACAGCGUCCUUGCCUCAAAUGCCACCACAGAACAGUGAGAGCCCCACUUCUCCUCUUCAGGCACCCCCUUCCUUGCCAGGUUCUGCAUCUGUCAUUCCAGCUGCUGAUCAAUCUGUUUCUACACCUCCACCACAGCAGUUACCACAGCAGUCAUUAACAAGGCCUUCUUCUCAGCCAAAUUUGUCAACACCAGUUUCAACCCCAUCUGCACCACCACCAUUACAGCUUCAUCCAAACACUCCGCUUUCACAGCAAACGGCUGUUAUGGAGGGACCAACAUCCAAUCCGCCAUCAACUAACAGCCCUGAUAUGAGUUCACAGCAACCUACUAGUGAGCAGUUGGUCCAAGAAGUUAAGAUGGAAAUAAAACAGGAAGAACCAGCGGUGGAUGAGCCUAUAGCUGAGCCCAAAGAUGAACCACUUGAGGAGAAACCUGACCUUUCUACUGAAGACUGCAAACCUGAGCCAAUGGAACCAGAAGAAAAUAAAGAUGUGAAGCCAGAAAUAAAAGAGGAGGAUGAGAAACCAGGCAUGCCUGCUGCACAAUCUUCUCCUACUGGGCAAUCAAAAAAGAAAAUUUUUAAACCUGAGGAACUAAGGCAAGCCCUCAUGCCUACACUAGAGGCAUUAUACCGUCAAGAUCCAGAAUCUCUUCCAUUCCGGCAACCUGUUGAUCCGCAAUUAUUGGGAAUCCCGGAUUACUUUGAGAUUGUGAAGACUCCUAUGGACCUGUCCACCAUUAAACGCAAGUUAGAUACAGGGCAGUACCAGGAACCUUGGCAGUAUGUGGAAGACAUCUGGCUGAUGUUCAACAACGCUUGGCUUUAUAACAGAAAAACUUCUCGCGUUUAUAAGUACUGCUCAAAGUUAGCUGAAGUGUUUGAACAGGAGAUUGAUCCCGUCAUGCAAAGUCUGGGAUACUGUUGUGGCAGAAAGCUUGAAUUCUCUCCGCAAACCCUAUGCUGUUAUGGUAAACAGUUAUGCACAAUUCCACGUGAUGCCACGUACUACAGUUAUCAGAAUAGGUACCACUUCUGUGAAAAAUGCUUCAACGAGAUCCAAGGGGAGAGUGUGUCUCUAGGCGACGACCCUACACAACCACAAACAACUAUCAGUAAAGACCAGUUCUCCAAACGGAAAAACGACACUCUGGACCCAGAACUUUUUGUGGAGUGCCUGGAAUGUGGUCGAAAAAUGCACCAAAUUUGCGUCCUACAUAAUGAGACAAUUUGGCCAACAGGUUUUGUUUGUGAAGGCUGCUUAAAGAAAACUGGUCGGACCAGAAAAGAGAACAAGUUUUCUGCUAAAAGGCUACCAACUACAAGAUUGGGUUUCUUUUUGGAGAACCGUGUUAAUGAGUUUCUACGCAGACAAGCAAAUCCUGAGGCUGGAGAGGUGACAGUGCGUGUUGUUCAUGCAUCUGAUAAAACAGUUGAAGUAAAACCUGGCAUGAAGGCAAAGUUUGUGGAUACUGGAGAAAUGGCAGAGUCCUUUCCAUAUCGGACAAAAGCAUUAUUUGCCUUCGAAGAAGUAGAUGGUGUUGAGUUGUGUUUCUUUGGCAUGCAUGUGCAGGAGUAUGGCUCGGAUUGUCCACCACCCAACCAGAGGCGCGUAUACAUUUCCUAUCUAGAUAGUGUUCACUUUUUUCGGCCAAAGUCUCUGAGAACAGCUGUCUACCAUGAAAUUUUAAUUGGGUACUUGGAGUAUGUAAAGAAACUUGGGUACACAACAGGGCAUAUAUGGGCCUGUCCACCUAGUGAAGGCGAUGACUACAUCUUCCACUGCCACCCCAUGGACCAGAGAAUACCAAAACCCAAACGACUACAAGAAUGGUACAAAAAGAUGUUGGACAAGUCUGUAUCAGAGCGAAUUGUUCAUGACUACAAGGAUAUUUUUAAGCAGGCAACAGAAGACAGACUUACAAGUGCAAAGGAAUUGCCAUAUUUUGAAGGAGACUUUUGGCCUAAUGUUUUAGAAGAAAGCAUCAAAGAGUUAGAACAGGAGGAGGAAGAAAGAAAACGGGAAGAGAAUACCGGCAAUGAGAGCAUUGAGGUACAAGAUGGUUCUCUGUCCUGUCACAUCCUUCCCAAGGUUGGGAAAGGUGAUAGCAAAAAUGCAAAGAAGAAGAAUAAUAAAAAGACUAGUAAGAACAAGAGUAGUUUAAGUCGAGGGAGCAAGAAGAAGCCUGGAAUGCCUAAUGUUUCCAAUGAUUUAUCUCAAAAACUUUAUGCUACAAUGGAAAAACAUAAAGAGGUAUUUUUUGUUAUCCGCUUGAUUGCUGGACCUGCUGCCAACUCUCUUCCUCCAAUCGUGGAACCAGAUCCCCUAAUCCCUUGUGAUUUAAUGGAUGGACGGGAUGCCUUUCUAACUUUGGCGAGGGACAAGCACCUGGAGUUCUCAUCUUUGCGUAGAGCCAAAUGGUCAACAAUGUGCAUGUUAGUUGAACUUCACACCCAAAGCCAGGACCGGUUUGUUUACACCUGCAAUGAAUGCAAGCAUCACGUGGAGACACGAUGGCACUGCACAGUUUGUGAAGAUUACGACUUGUGCAUUACUUGCUUUAACACAAAAACACAUGAGCACAAAAUGGAGAAGCUUGGACUUGGUUUGGAUGAUGAGAGUAACAACCAACAGGCAGCUGCAUCACAAAGUCCUGGGGAUUCUCGUCGACUAAGCAUACAACGGUGCAUCCAGUCUUUAGUUCACGCUUGCCAGUGCCGUAAUGCAAACUGUUCUUUGCCAUCAUGUCAGAAGAUGAAAAGGGUGGUUCAGCACACAAAGGGUUGUAAACGUAAGACAAAUGGUGGGUGUCCAAUUUGCAAGCAACUCAUUGCUCUCUGUUGUUAUCAUGCUAAACACUGCCAAGAGAACAAGUGCCCUGUACCCUUCUGCCUCAAUAUCAAGCAGAAAUUACGGCAGCAACAAUUACAGCACAGACUUCAGCAAGCCCAAAUGCUGCGGAGGCGUAUGGCUAGCAUGCAGAGAACAGGUGUAGUUGGCCCACAACAAGGGCUUCCCUCACCAAAUUCUGCUGGCCCAACAACACCCACUGGACAGCAGCCGCCAACACCACAGACUCCUCAACCCCAGUCUCAACAGUCAUCCCAACCACCGCCACCUAAUAAUAUCCCUCCAUAUGGUAUGGCACGUACUCAGUCCUCUAGUAGUAUAUCACAAGGCAAGGCAGCUGGACAAAUUACUUCUCCCACACCACCUCAGGGUGGUUCAGUACAGCAGCCUGGUCCUCCUCCAGCUGCUGUGGAGAUGGCCAUGCAAAUUCAGCGGGCAGCAGAGACUCAAAGGCAAAUGGCAAAGACUCAAAUUUUCCCUCGGCCCAUGAUGAACUCUCACCAAAUUCAACCCAUGCAGCCAAUGGGAAUAAACCCACAGCAAGGUCCACGAGGACCAAGUCUUAUCGAUUCUGGAAUGAGUCCAGCAGGUAUGCCACAGCCUCCACAGCAACCACAACCUCAAUGGGUACAAACUAGCCUUGGCCAACCCCAAACAAUGCAGCCAAACAUGCACAGAUCACCUGUUAUGCCUGUGCAACAGGGGCAACCAAUAAAUAUGCCUCCACAACCAGGUAUGGGGCAGGUUCCUGGACCAAGCCAAGCUAAGCAAGGUUCCUUGCCACAAGCUGCACUUCAAAACCUUCUGCGUACUUUGCGGUCUCCCAGCUCACCAAUGCAACAGCAGCAGGUGCUGAAUAUCCUACACUCUAAUCCACAACUUUUGGCUGCUUUUAUCAAACAGAGAGCAGCAAAAUAUGCCAGCAGCCAAGCACCACAAACUAUUGGCAACAUGACAGGAAUGCCUUCCCAAGUUGUGCACCCCAGUGCAGGCAUGCAGGGCUUAAAUCCAAUGCCGGCAGUAGGACAGCGUCCUACCAUGUCCCAGCCACCUCAAACACCUCAGCAGCAGUCACCUCAGCAACCACCUCCUUCACAAACAGGUAUAGCAGGAAUGAAUUCGCAAGGCCAACAGGUGAACAUGAACCAUGCUGGAAUAUCACCACAGUUUCGAGAGAUGAUUCUUAGACGUCAGCAAAUGAUGCAACAGCAGCAGCAACAAGGAGCUGGCCCUGGAAUGGUUAACCAUAGUCAGUUUCAGCAGCACCAGGUUAUGGGUGGUUAUGCACAACAGCAACAACGACUUCAGCACCAUAUGCAGAUGCAACAAGGUAGCAUUGGACAGAUGAGCCAGGGAAUGCCUGCAGAUGCUGGUAAUAGCUUGCAGACCUUCCAGCAACGCCUUUUGCACCAGCAGAUUGGAUCUCCAGCACAGCAGAAUCCAAUGAGUCCACAGCAACAUAUGUUGCCAGGUCCUUCCCAGUCACCCCACCUCCAAGGCCAGCAACUCCCCCCUUCAUUAAGUAACCAAGUGCGUUCUCCACAGCCUGUUCCAUCUCCACGUCCACAGUCCCAGCCCCCUCAUUCUAGCCCAUCUCCACGCAUGCAGCCCCAGCCAUCUCCUCAUCAUGUUUCUCCCCAGACAAGUUCUCCUCAUCCGAGCAUGGUAGGUGUUGGACAGGGGAACCCUAUGGAUCAAGGACACUAUGGAAGCCCAGAUCCCUCAGCUAUGCUGUCUCAGAUUGCUGGUCUUCAUGGAGGGGGAAUCUCUGACCUGGGUCUGAGUGCAGAGAACUCUGACCUUAAUCCCAGCCUUUCACAGAAUACACUAGACAUCCACUAAUUGUUGGGGACAGAAGGAAGUUGCACUUCCAUCCUUCUUUACUUCAGCAAAGACUUUGUAAGAAAUCCAGAAAAGAAAAACUUAUUUUCUUCUCAGACUGACUUUUUAUACUGAAGAACAGCUGUGUUUCUUUUUGUGGAUUAGGGAGGGUGGGAAGGAAGGGCUUGUUGGGUUUUUUCAGAUAUUGAUUUAUCCAUUAUUUUUUUUAUUUUUAUUCAGAGACUGUGCUUUAGGGUUAAAAGAAAAGAGGCCCACGUAGAGUGGGGAGGGGCAUAUAUUAAUAUUGUUAUAAUUAUUACAAAGAAUAUAUUUUCAGUGGCUGGGCCAGCCUCUUGAUAUCUUCCUGUUAUGAUGCAGAGUAUUCCCUAGCUCCUGAUCUUCUACACACCUAACAUGAUCUGUUUUUAUGUUGUGAAUUUUGGUUUGUCUUAUAUUUUCUUAAAUUAAUGAAAAAAUGUUGACUGUUUUUAUUUGGUGUUGGACGGUUUUUGUAUAGCCAUUAUUUUUCUUGUUACCAUCCUUGUCUCAGUUGUUGUCUUUAAUCCACGUCAAUUCUUUCACUGGCCACAAAUUGCACUCUAUACAGGGCUCACAAUUUCCAGUUGCUGUGAUUUUUUUUUUUUUUUUUUUUAAACAUAUUAUAAUAUUUUGUAUAAAAUAUUAUAUUAUAUUUGUCUCCCAUUUAAAGGAAUUAUGAAUCACAGUUGGAAGAGGCUACUUUUUAUGGUCGGUUGCCCUUUUGCCAGGCAUUGAUUGUUUAAAAUUGGUGAGAUGGGACUGCUGUGCUGCAAACACAGAGGUUUUCAGAGGAUGGUUUAAUGUUGCUUUAAAACAGAAGAUAUAUACAUACAUAUAAAUAAAAUGAUAUAUAUAAAUAACAAAUAGCCCUACCCUUCUUUUCUGUGCUGGGAGCUGAUUGGGUGCAAGGCAUAAGAAUAAUGUACAUUUCUGCCCUCUUGUCUUGUUUACCUUAUCUUUUACAAAAGAAGCCCAGAAAAUAUUCUGUUAAGGCAAGUAUUUGCAACCUAAAUGGUGUUAUGUAUACAUGUUUCAAAGGGGCAUCAAGGAAAUAUAUUUUGUUUAUUUUACUAUAUUAUUGUACCAGCCAGGUCAGAUGUACUAUAUUUAUUGGACUGUCGAUUCUGGAAAAGGUUAAUAGUUAAAAAUCUUUUUUUUUUUUUUUUUUUUUUUUUUUUUUUUUUUUUUUUUACCCCA